AGAGGCUCAUAUGCACAUGAUUGAACUCUGAGAGAUACAUUGGACAAAGGUCGAUUGGAAACGAGUUCCUGAGUCUAUCAGAUAACAAGCAAUCUCUGGGAGGAUUCGAUUCGUUUUAAUAUUGGGAAUCAGCUGCUUUUCUCCCUAUAAAAAGUGAAGUGUUCCAUUCUGGCCGAUCUCUCCCAGCAGAAUGAGUCCGCCGGGUCAAAAAAGGGAAAGAAAGCCCUUCUCUUAUUUGGUCCAUUCCUCUAUCCAUGAUCCAAGCUGUUUUUUACAAUCUAGCAGACUAAUCAAUAACACAACGUCACAUUCUUGAAUCUGCGAUUGCUUUGCCUGAUGUCGCCGAGUCCUUUUGUGUACUGGGCUCAAAAUGAGAGCCACAUCUUCCUCCGGGUGGAUCUCAAACAUGUGCAAAAGCAUCAACUCAAUAUCGCCGAGGAGGAGAUUGAAUUCACCGGCUACGGCAUCGGGGCUCAGGGCUCGUCCGAGGUUGAAUAUCACUUCUUGAUCGAGUUCUUUCUCCCGGUCAAUCGCGAGGAGUCCACCUAUUUGAUCAAAGACCGGGAAAUCACCAUCCAUAUCCAGAAGAAGGAACCGGAUUGGUGGCCCCGCCUUUUGUACACACAGCAGAAACUCUCUUGGCUCAAGAUUGACUUUGAUCGUUGGACAUCGCGAGAAGAGGAAGAAGACGAUACAGAGACGGAAGAGCCUGGGAUGUCCACUCAAGAUCUUAUUAAGAAUCGAUAUCCUGAGGUCUAUGAGAAGUUGCAGAAGGAAGAGUUGGGAUUCAUCUCGGAGUCCAGACGCAAGAUCUACUUGUUUUGCUACAACUUGUUCAUGCUCUGCGGAUUUGUGUACGUGUUUCUGAUCAUGAACUUGCGAUAUGCCCGUCAUGGCGACGAGUUCAUUCCCGAGACGUACAAAUCCGUGGGUAAUGUGAUGAAGAUGCUCCAUCUUUUCAUGAUUCUGGAGGUGAUGCACCCGAUGUUCGGUUACACCAAAGGGUCCAUCUACGAGGCUUUCCUGCAGGUUUUCGGGCGCAAUUUUGUCCUCUUCGCCCUAAUAGAGGCUGAACCGAGAAUGCAAGAAAAGCCGGCCGUCUUUUAUCUAUUCAUGGUGUAUACCACGAUUGAGAUCGUUCGGUACCCUUAUUACAUGCUUCGUGUGUACGAUUUGGAAUUUGGCAUCCUCACGUGGCUCCGUUACACGGCCUGGAUCCCUCUCUAUCCGGCUGGGUUCGUUUGCGAAGGCGUCAUCAUUCUUCGCAAUAUCCCUUACUUUGAAGAGACCGAAAAGUUCUCGGUGGCAUUACCCAAUGCCUGGAAUAUUGCCUUUCAUUUCCCCACCGUUCUCCGUAUCUAUUUGCUCCUGUUCUUCUUCCCUAUGCUCUACACCAUGAUGAACCACAUGUACCACCUCCGAUGUAAGAAACUCAAAAUUCGCCAACACGUCAAGAAUCGUCGGAAAAAGGACGACGAUUUCGAGGAGUGAAUACACGAUUGAACUCUUUUGUGA